AUGGUCCAAUUUAUCAUUCCGCGGGUAGAUUCCACAAGAUCCUAUUCCAUUCAUUCAAUUGAUGAUGACCUAGAGCAACCUGAAACCCCACCAGCCCCGGUUUUCACUGUUCCAUUUCGUCGCGACCUAGACUUUGUCAGUCGUGGGACACUACUUGAUCAAUUACAUGAAAAAGGCUCAGUACCUGGAUCUCGCAUCGCAUUAGUCGGCCUAGGCGGCGUUGGGAAAUCGCAACUGUCUAUCGAGUACUGUCAUCGAGUUCGACAUGAAUCUGCUGAGACGUGGGUGUUUUGGAUCCACGCCAGUAACAAGAUUCGGUUCGAACAGAGCUGCCGAGAGAUUGCCGACCGAGUCAAGAUCCCCGGCCGGCAGAAUCCCCAGGCAAAUAUCUUCAAACUCCUUUGCCAUUGGCUACAGGAUGAGAAGCACACUUGGGUUCUUGUCCUUGAUAAUCUUGAUGAUGAUCAAUUUCUUCAUGAAACUCCACAAGUAUCAGAUGGUCAAAGUAAGACACUUACGCGAUCGAUUUGGGCAUAUUUUUCGCAAAUAUCAAGAGGCUCUAUCGUUAUUACAAGUCGGAGUAGGCGCGUGGCCAUACAAUUAGUAGAAGAGGAGGAAAUCAUUUCAGUUGAGCCGAUGGAUGAGACCCAAGCAUUUGCACUUUUAGAGAAAAAGCUUGGCACCCUAACACAAAGAGAGGACAUCGUUCAACUGAUUACAGCACUCGAGUUUAUGCCGCUUGCGAUUGUGCAAGCAGCGGCCUAUAUAAAGCAAAGGGCGCCACGACAGUCAGUGCGACAGUAUCUCGAAAAUUUCCAGAGAAGUGACCAGAAUAAGAUCACUCUCCUUAAUAGUGAAGGCGGCCAUCUCCGCCGAGACACAGAGGCUAAGAACUCAAUUAUUAUCACAUGGCAAAUUUCUUUUGAUUAUAUUCAAAGAAUCAAGCCAUCAUCGGCUGAUUUGUUAUCUUUUAUGAGCUUCUUCGAUCGCCAAGGGAUUCCAGAUCAUCUACUUCGACAGAACAAGGAACAACAAAAUACGAAAAUCGAAAGUUGUGAUCAAGAGGAGAGCGAAAGUGAAACUGAGAAGUUCGAAGCACUUGAAGACGAUAUAUUAGUACUAAGAGACUUUUCUAUGAUUUCUGUUAGUACCGAUGGAAAGAGCUUUGAGAUGCACCGACUGGUCCAGCUAUCUAUGCAACAAUGGCUCAAGACGCAUAAACUAUACGAAAGAUGGCAAGGAAAAUUCAUACAGCGUCUUCAUGAUAAUUUUCCGAAUAGCGAGAUCGAGAACUGGCCGACCUGUCAACUGUUAUUCCCUCAUGUGCUAUGUGCUAUGAAGCAACAACCAAAGACGGAGUCUCUGUUGGAAGAUUGGGCUUCUUUAUUAUAUAGCUCGACAUACUUUGCAUGGGUACAGGGGAAUUUCCUCGAUGGUAAAAGAAUGGCAGAGGGGUCAAGCCAAGCGAGGAAAGAGUUGUUAGGCCAUGAAAACCCGAAGACUCUUGAUAGUUUGUCGACGCUAGGGUUAGCACUAAUACUUGGGGGCAAAUGGAAGGACGCUGAAGAGCUCCAGGUGCAGGUCAUGGAUACCAGUAAGCGGGUGCUUGGGCCAGAGCAUCCUGAUACUCUGACCACUAUGGCCAACCUAGCAGUGACCUACAGGAACCAAGGGAGAUGGAAGGAAGCCGAAGAGCUCGAGGUGCAGGUCUUGGACACUAGUAAGCGGGUGCUUGGGCCAGAACAUCCUGAUAUUCUGACCAGUAUGGCCAACCUAGCAGCGACCUACUGGAACCAAGGACGAUGGAAGGAAGCCGAAGAGCUCGAGGUGCAGGUCAUGGAUUCUCGCAAGCGGGUGCUUAGGCCAGAACAUCCUGAUACUCUGACCAGUAUGAACAACCUUGCAGCAACCUACAUAAAACAAGGACGAUGGAAGGAAGCUGAAGAGCUCGAGUUGCAGGUCAUGGAUUCUCGCAAGCGGGUGCUUAGGCCAGAACAUCCUAAUACUCUAACCAGUAUGAACAACCUUACAGCAACCUACAUAAAACAAGGACGAUGGAAGGAAGCUGAAGAGCUCGAGGUGCAAGUCUUGGACACUAGUAAGCGGGUGCUUGGGCCAGAACAUCCUGAUACUCUGACCAGUAUGAACAACCUUGCAGCGACCUACCGGAACCAAGGGAGAUGGAAGGAAGCCGAAGAGCUCGAGGUGCAAGUCUUGGACACUAGUAAGCGGGUGCUUGGGCCAGAACAUCCCGAUACUCUGACCAGUAUGGCCAGCCUAGCAGCGACCUACCGGAACCAAGGGAGAUGGAAAGAAGCCGAAGAGCUCGAGGUGCAGGUCUUGGAUACCCGCAAGCGGGUGCUUGGGCCAGAGCAUCCUGAUACUCGGAGUAGUAUGGCCAGCCUAGCAGCGACUUACUGGAACCAAGGACGAUGGAAGGAAGCUGAAGAGCUCCAGGUGCAGGUCUUGGAUACCCGCAAGCGGGUGCUUGGGCCAGAACAUCCUGAUACUCUGACCAGUUUGGCCAGCCUAGCAGCGACCUACUGGAACCAAGGACGAUGGAAGGAAGCUGAAGAGCUCGAGGUGCAGGUCUUGGACACUAGUAAGCGGGUGCUUGGGCCAGAACAUCCUUCUACUCUGACCAGUAUGGCCAACCUAGCAGCGACCUACUGGAACCAAGGACGAUGGAAGGAAGCUGAAGAGCUCGAGUUGCAGGUCAUGGAUACCAGUAAGCGGGUGCUUGGGCCAGAACAUCCUGAUACUCUGAGCAGAAUGAACAACCUUGCGUGCACCAUGGAUUCAUUAGGCGAACACGCCGCUGCUUCGCAAUUAAUGACAGAAUGUAUCCGACUACGCAGCCAAGUACUAGGCCCUGAUCACCCACAGACCCUUUCCUCGAUAUCUUCUUUUAAUAGUUGGCGUGCUCAAACUGGCGGAAAUCGCAGAAGAGCAAUAUUCUCUCGCCUCUUCCGCAAAAAGUAG